AAGAAAUUUCACCCAAAAUUAUAAAGUCGCCGAGUCUUAAACUUCCAUAACCAUGCUCUCCAGACCCCUCUGCUUCAAAGCUUGUCCCCUUCACACUGAACAAUUGAAGUUGUUGACCCAGAUUAACAUGGACUCCAGACCCGUUUCCGCAUCAAGGUCCGCUGCCGAUUCUCCAGUGCAGGAUUCCCGGAGCUCCAGCUGUAAUGGUGAUGCCGCUGUUAGCCUCCAAGAAUGGCAGAAUUGGGGCGCCAUUUCACCUGUUCCGGCCAUGGUUACCGAAGUCAUUGAAGACUUGAAUCUUCUGGAGAAAGAUAUGAAUACCCUGAUGGACUUUGGAGGCAACCAUGGUUCUCUUCGAGGAAAUUUCAAAGUGCAAGAGGAUAAAAAGCAUAGGGCUAAGUUUCAGUCCUUAGGAGAUUCGGAAAAGAAGCUCCAGUUCUUUUCUGCCAGACAGAUAGCAUGUCGGUUACUUGGAAGUAGAGGUUACCUUUGUCAGAAGUGCUGGCUUCCCAUGGAAGAUUGUAUGUGCUCUAGAAUCAAGCAUUGUUCUCUAUGGCAUCGUAUACGUUUCUGGUUGUAUAUGCACCCAAAGGAUUUUCUUAGACAGAACAAUACAGGGAAGGUGCUAUGGCAAGUUUUCGGUAACCAAGCAGCAACAUUGUGUCUUUAUGGUAUUUCUGAACUUGAAGAAAUCAUGUGGGACUCUUUCAAAUUAGCAGGCAGAAGAAAUGUUUGGUGUCUCUACCCUAAUAAAAAUGCUGUGCCAAUGUCGGUUCAGGAUGCAUUCGUUCAAGAUUCUUCCAGAUGUCCAGAAUCUGAAAAUAACUUGGUAAAAAGGGAUGACAUGAUGAACUUUAUUUUGUUGGAUGGUACAUGGAGCAAUUCCCAGGCAAUGUUCAAUCGUUUACAGGAUAGAGCUGAAGUAGUUUGGGGAGAAGAUCUUCCUUGCAUCUCUCUCAAUGCAGGGGUCUCUUCAAUGCAUAAACUUAGACCACAACCCUCAUGGGAUCGUACCUGCACUGCAGCAGCAGCUGUCCGUCUCCUUGAUGAGCUCGAGCUCAUUCCCGAGUUCAGCUCACAUGGAUUGCGUAAUCAAGCUAUAGCAAUCAAAGAUGCUUUAGAAGUUCUGUUAGAAGCACUCACGACUCGGCGGCUUCGUAUGGGAAGGUCCAUCAGCAGGAAGGAAAGACAUAAUGCCAGUUUCUGCUAACACUGCUUGUUCUCUACAUUUCUUGGGGGCAUUCUUUUCCUUUCUGCUAAAGAGGUGCCCUACAUUUUGAAAUAGGGGUGGUGCUUGCUGAUUUUUGAUUUUAAGCUGGAGAAAUCCAAUGAAGCAACAACAACAAAGAAGUUUUGAUUGACAUGAUACACUGACCAGAUUAGUCAUAACAAAAUUUUUUGAAGAAAUAAGUCUUAGAUGACUGAGAAUUAAUGUCUAAUCUUCAAUUUCUUGUGAUUGCUAUCGAGCUAGCUUUGUACUAAGGAGGAUAUGACCAAGCUGGGUUUGUGCUGAGGAGGAUAACCAAUUCACACAAGACGUCGCAUUUUGAGGCUUACUGACUCAUUUUGGGAAUUGUUUCAGAUAUUGUAGUAUAGUUAAGUGUCCUAGAAAAGAUAUGGCACAAUAAUCAACUAUAGCCUGUCAAAUAACCAUUUUAUCUCUGACCAAUAGGCUAAUAAAACAAUCAUUUUGGGACGAAGGAAGUAUUACAUGUGUCAUAUAAAGUUCUAAUUUUCAGAUAAUAUCUUAAAUAGUAUUUUGGCAGAGUAAAUUAGUAGGAUUAAAAUCAGUAAUCUUUCGUGAUUGUGUUCCUCAAAGUAUUAUGGUUCGUUUCCACAAAUGGAAAUUGCCAGUAAAACUAAAUAUAGUAACUAACAAACUGUCAUUGCUGGCAAUAAGGUUCUUCCCUUUCAUACAUCCAUCAUUCCUUUCUCCGCGUCUCCCUCUGUAAUUGUCCAGCGUUCGAUUCAUUUUCACACACAAACACGCACUGAUAUGCAUCUCCUGCAACCCUGAAAUUGGUCUCUUUUUCUCCAUUUCAAUAAACCAACCCUUAGGAGGAAAAGAAAAAAUAUAGGGUUGGUCUCCUCAUCAUAAUCAAUUGUUAACAUAGGAGAAAAGAUGGAGCCAAACCCAUCAUCUUUGAUGUUGUUUAUGUUGUCCCUUUUCAUUGGAUUGGCCUCCUCAUCCUACAUUUCAAGUAAUAUUCUCAUGAUUCUAUAUCAUUCUGUUAUCCUGCUAUUUUCAAUUUGGAAUGUUUCCAAUUAGAACCGACUAUGUUGCUUACAUUUGUGAUGCAGAUAAUGCAUUCGAGUCUAGCGGAUCAAUAGGCGGCCGCAACCUUCUUCAGGCAAAAACAAGUCAGUUCUCCCUUCUCCCAUAUUCGAGAAAUGAUUUUUGAAUUGUGAAAUACAUGUUUGAAAUGGUUGUUCAUGUUGUAAGAAAACCAACACGGUAUAAGUGAGAAACAUGACAAUUUUGUGUGCAAUGUUUUCAUGUACCAUCAAAGUGAUCCAGACAAUUCAGGUUGGUUUCAUUACAAUAAGUUGGCUAAAACUCAAUCUAUUAGGUAUCUUCAUGAUGUUAUUUGUCAUAAAGGGACUAAAACCACAGUAUCAGAAUCAGCAUUUCACAUCAUUAUCAAGAAUCAUUAGCAGAAUGUGAAGCAAUUUUGAAUUUUUUUCCCUUCAAUCUAAUACAAAGAUAUUGGUGAAACUCUGCAGCCUGUCCUAUAAACUUUCAGGAUCAGAACUACACAGUCAUAACUAGCCAAUGCAAGGGACCAAAUUACAAUCCAAAACUCUGUUGUGAUGGCUUUAAGCAAUUUGCCUGCCCUUAUGCUGAUCAAAUAAACGACUUGAAAAGUGAUUGUGCAACAACAAUGUUCAGUUACAUUAAUCUUUACGGAAGAUAUCCUCCUGGCCUUUUUUCCAACCUCUGCAAAGAUGGAGCUGAUGGCCUUGAAUGUGCGGACGUAGAAGUCAGUAAAUCCCAGAAAAGCGGAGUGCUCAAAACCUCGCAAUCGGCUCCUCUUCUGGUGCUCUCAGCUGGUUUCUCGAUGCUUCUGUAUAAUCUCUUCUAAAAACUCAUUGAAAAGGACUCAACAAUGUGUUUCUCAUAUCUAAUUUAGUUAUUUGCCUUGGAUUUCUUACAUCAUACCUAAUAAUACAAAAACUAUUUUGAACAUCAGUCAUUCUGCUUCUGCUUAGAGGGUCUUGUUUGUGUUAGUGGAGGGAUAUUGUCCCACUCUUUGUUCGGCUUAAUUGUAUUUGAGAAGUGAAAAAACAUAUAUUUCUUUCAUCUCAAAAUGAUUAUUAAGACAAUCAUUUCAAAUCGUUUGAGGACAGAGAGAGUUGUAGAGAAAAGAAUAUUGGAUUAAACAAAGCUAGAAAUUUGAGUUGGAAACUGAACUAAAUUCCUCCAAAUGAAAAAG